AUGUCCGCACCACCAGGAAAGGGGCAAUCGCCGCCUCCCCCACUGUUAGAGAGGGGAGAUUCGGUGCAAUGUGCUGCAGCUACUAACGGGCAGCAAAAGGAAAAGGCUGGCAAAACGCCUAAAAGACAGUCUUGCUCCGCAACGAAGCACUCAAAAUCGAAAGUGCCCAAGUUGUCUGAAAGCACUAAACCUACUGCGGCUCGAAGGGCCACUGAUGAGCGCUGCCAGGCACCGUUAACGGUUGCUCCUAUUGUGUUGGCUGGCCUGUCCUCAAACUCGCCAACGGAAGUCUCCUGUCAUUUGUUUGACAAGCAUGAGAUAGAUUCUGAUCAAAACAAAAGGAAGAACCUAGUACUGUAUACUUCAGCAGGGCUUGCUCCCACCGUAGAGAUCUUUAACAGUAGCUACUCAAAAGUUUUCUACUUCAAAAUGCUUCUGGCAGAAGAUCAGCUUACCUGGUCUCUUAACGUUCCCCGGCAAGACAUUGCACAUAAUACAGCAGAUAUUGCUCCAACAGAACAAUGGUAUGUAAAAUUCAAUAUGCAUCAUGGAUUAAAUAUGUUUACUACUGAGGGAACUCUACUGGACACUGCUCGAGAGCCUAUUCUUCAGUGGAUAUUAUCUGAUCCACUGAAUAUAUCUGCAUUGAUACCCAAUGUCAUAAAUAUCACAGUAACAAAAAGUCCUUGUGCAAGUGAUGUGGCUAUAAUUGGUUUGAUAUUUGAAGACGACCUUAAUGGAAUAUAUAUAGGAAUCUCUUUGUCUGGAUUUACAACUCGGGAUAUAUAUUGGACUAAUAUGACAGAUGAUAUUUGUGUUCUCCUUGACUAUGACUGUGGUGAACUUGCACUUUUGAAUGUCAUUUUAACCAACACUCGUAUAAUCUUCCUUACUACUCUGGGACUAUUUAUCAGUGAAGAUUUGCGUUAUGGAGACUUCCUUCGAUUAAAAUUCAACAAACCAAACUUCUGUGGAUUUGAAAGGGAUGAUUAUUUCAGAGCAAAAAUAUGGUAUAAUAUCCAAUGUCUGGCUAACCAAGAAAACUAUGAAGUGGAUUAUAUUUCCCUCUCAUUCAACAAAGAUAAAACAUUAAGCCAGGGUAGGGCAUUAGUAGCAGUGAAUAAGUUAACAAACCACAGACUGAACAGAAGAAGAAAGUUUCCAGAUUUUUGGUUUCCAGAUAGUGAGUUUGUGGCAUUCGGCAUGUUUUUCCACCCAAACAGUCAUUUUCUGUAUGUUUAUGGAAACCAGGUGUGGUUUUCUGAAGAUGGAGGUAACAAAUUUCAACUUUUAAUUAAAUUAGUGAAUGAGACUGUUGUCAAAACAGAUACAUGUGUUUACACCCAGGCUAUUGUAUUUGCGACUGACAAGGGGAGUGUUUUCUACACCAAGGCAGGUUUACACCGGUAUGCCAAGCUUACAACUGUACAACUUAAUAUAUUUAAUAUGUACUUUGACCACUUGGGAGAUUUAUAUUGUGUUAGUUUGAAUGAAACAGCUCAAGAUUUCCUAAAAGUGCAGACCAUGGAUGUGAACACUUUAUUGCAGGAGGAUGAUUUAGCUUUCGAUGGUGCUUUAUCUCCACAGUACAUCACUGAAGAGCAGAUAAUGUUUUUUAGUCAUAUUCCAUUGAGUCCACAUGUGAAUCCUAUACAGCCAAGAUUCUAUAAUCUGUACAUAGGAAAAGCAUUAGAAUAUGGGCUGGGAGGAUCAGGUAUAAUCAACAAGGUUUUCGAGCACAGCUAUUCUCCAAAGUUUUCAUCGUCUGUCCUUGUUGAUAUUCUGGAUCGGUUCCCUGUGGAGACGAGCACCAGCAGCCCUUGUGUAUUAAAUACUUUAACCAUUCAGAAACCUGAUCCUGGCACUACUGCAUUUAAGCUUCAGCUUAGUGCUUCAGAUUCUCACAUAUUUCAAGCAUCCGACGUUGAGAAAACGGUUGUGAUUCCAGGAUUCAGCAGUUUCCUCAUUAUUUCUGUUACGGAUAACCUGACUGCUUUAACUGAUGCUACCAUGCCUCAACGAGUACCUGUAAAUAUUGAGUUUCAAAGCAAACAGUGGUUCCUGUAUGACUUUGGCACUACAAAUGGAAGAAAAUGGAGGGUUGUUGUUGACAGAUGUAGAUACACAAUACAGCAACUUGAUGAUCUACCAGUCCAUGCCAUUAAAUACUUGGAUCUUGGGUCGAAACUGCAUUUUUCAUUCAGAGUAUCACCAGUUAAUGUAGCUUAUCCAGUAUUUCAGAUGCCCCUAAUGGAGGUAAUAGUGGGAAAGCCCAAUCUACUGGAUGUAGACACAGAAGACUACUGGGACGACACUGACAGUUAUACAAUACAACUACAUGUUCAGAGCAGAUUUUUUGAGCAGGGUAAAACAUCCAUUUCCGUGAUUGUCACACAAGCAUCCCUUGUUUGCGAUGUCACAACCCUUAUAUUAACACUGAAGAACUCCUGCUCAUAUCUUAAAGUAAUGCACUAUACUCUGCCUGUUCAACUCCCUGCUUCAGUCUGGCUAUCCCAUCUGCCCAAUGCCUCAAAACUUUUAAAAGUUUUACCGGUGAACUACAGGCCACCAUCUAGACUGGGAAUUGCUGUUCCACUCACAGAAAACUUUUACAAUGCUGACCCUGCAAAGCCUAGAAUGAGAGAUUACUUUCAGGGAUCAAAAUCUUCUGGAACUUACAAACAGUGUGCUAGCAAAACAAAGCGAUCUGAAUGCGGUUGUACAGACAAUAUGAAGCUGUCAUUUUUGGUUGCCUUUUCAGACUGCAAGGAGAAGGCAAUCCGGAUGAAGUAUCCAAUCUCAAAACUUCCCCUCAGUUUCACCGUUGAGAAUGAGGAUGGAUCUGUAAAUUUGUCAUCUCCUUAUUUUGUCACAAUAACAGAAGUCAACAACAGAACAAACUGGGAGAUUUCAGCUACCAAUAAAACAUCAAGCUUGUUAAAAAUGAGAACAUAUUUGGCCCACAGACUCAACACAACGCUGUACAAUCCAGAUGGUCUCACUCUAAGCAUAUAUGGAUCAGAGCUUUUCCAUUUCAGGGUAGCAACUAUUCCUGGAGUCUCCUUUUGCAGCUUAUUUGACGAAUUUCAGGUAUAA